AAAAAAUUUCUUAAUAGUAUUUACUCAUAAAACAAUAUUAAAAAAAAAAAAUUGAAAAUUCCAUACGUUUUAACUGAGCAAUUGUCUUUCCACUGAACUGAGAGAGGUGACAGCGUCAGCUACAAUCGAAGAAAUCAGCUGCAGAAACGCUUAGUCAAAUGUCUCAAGCGCUAAGGCCACCACCUUGUUCCUCAUUUUUCGCAACACUCACAACCUCUCCUCCUUGUUCUUCCAACCAGAGCUGCACCAUAUUCAACUCAACCCUCUCUUUCUUUAAGCUCCGAACCUCACCACCCACCCACUUUCACUUCUCUCCCAACAAUCCACUCCGAUCCUUAACACCAGUUGGAAGUCAAAAUGUGUCGCAUUCAAGCACCAGCACUACCCCAGAGUACAAUCCCAGAUGGUCACUUCGUGGAAUGACAGCUCUCGUCACCGGUGGUACUCGCGGGAUCGGGCACGCUAUCGUGGAGGAAUUGUUGGGACUCGGAGCGAAAGUUCAUACCUGUUCUCGGAAUGCCGAGGAACUCAAUAGUUGCUUGAUGGGUUGGAAAAAUUUGGGGUUUGAGGUUAGUGGAUCAGUCUGCGAUGUGUCGGAAAGGGCUCAGAGAGAGAGGCUAAUGGAGAUUGUGUCUUCUGUGUUUGAUGGGAAGCUCAACAUUCUUAUAAACAACGUGGGAACAAAUAUAAGGAAACCGAUGGUGGAGUUCACGGCUGAAGAGUUUUCCACUCUCAUGGCAACAAAUUUCGAAUCAGUUUUCCAUUUGUGCCAGCUUGCUCAUCCACUACUUAAAGCAUCUGGGAAGGGAAGUGUUGUGUUCAUGUCUUCUGUGUCCGGAUUUGUGUCAUUGAAGUCCAUGUCCGUUCAGGGAUCAACCAAAGGGGCAAUCAAUCAGCUUACCAAAAAUUUGGCUUGUGAGUGGGCAAAAGACAACAUAAGAAUCAACUCUGUAGCACCUUGGUAUAUCGAAACAUCAAUGGUGAAGCAGGUACUCAACAACAAAGAAUACUUAGAAGAAGUGUAUGCAAGAACUCCUCUUAGACGACUUGGAAAUCCAGAAGAGGUGUCCUCUGUGGUGGCAUUCCUUUGCUUACCUGCAUCUUCCUACAUUACUGGGCAAGUUAUUUGUGUCGAUGGGGGAAUGUCCAUCAACGGGUUUUACCCUACCCAUGACUAGAAGUCCUGAAAUUACAGGCCUUUCUGUGCUCAAUCUUUGUGUGCUUUCUCCCUCCCUGAAAAUCCAGUAGGCAACAAACGUAGUUAAGAGUUCAAUGAUGGAAGAUAUUAGGUAUGAAUCUGAGAGAUAAUUAUUCUUUUUGCUUAGAGGGACAUUUGUUGGCUUUUGAAUAGUCAAUUCAGGUAGUGGAAUAAUAAUACUAAGUUGUUUAUGGAAAGUAAAAGAAUUCCAAUUUUUGCAGAGCAAAAGGGAAAAAAAAAAGAAAUCUUUUGAUUCAAA